UGGAAUAAUAGAACAACCGUCGCGCUGUUCUGUUAUGACGUUAUAAAGCGCACUUUGGAAAAUGUCCUCGCGACAGCGCCUCAUAACAUGCACGGAGUGUCCCACGGCAGCGCAGGCGAACAACAGGUGGAUUCCGAGGCCAAUCCAGACCUGGAAGUAGCCAUACUUCUGUGUCUCUCCGCCCCUAUGAAUAACCAUAGCAAAGACACUGUAAAAGCCAGCGUACCGGAAAGAAGCUGAACGACGCGCUCGCGAUAUGGAUAAUUUCAGCGGUGACGUGACGGACAAGAUUGACCACUUACACGGUUCAUUCGGAAUGAUGUCACUGUACAUCUGAUAUCGUCUUCUAAUACACAGAGGCUGUUUAUUUCUGUCCCAAGAGAGUGUUUGUAGACUUUUGGAGUCAUGCCUGUCAGUAACGGAUCGAUGAUGGAUUUGCCCUCGGGAUAUGUGAAAGUAAAGGCGCAUUACGGAGGGGACAUGCUGAUCUCUGACUUGGAUUUGGCCAUGACAUACACAGAGGUGUGUGAGGAGGUGAGAACGAUGUGGGGGGUCCGAAAGGAGAUGCCAAUUACACUCAAGUGGAUUGACGAUGAAGGUGACCCGUGUACCAUCUCAUCCCAGAUGGAGCUGGAGGAAGCAUUCCGGAUCUACACCCGGAACCGGUGCUCCGGACUCCUAUUGCAUGUAUUCCCAAGCAUUCCUGAAAAGCCUGGUAUGCCGUGCCCAGGAGAGGACAAAUCAAUCUACCGCCGUGGAGCUAGACGAUGGAGGAAGCUGUACCGGGUGAACGGGCACCUCUUCCAGGCCAAGCGCUUUAACAGGAAAGCAUACUGUGGCCACUGCAGCGAGAGGAUAUGGGGACUGGGGCGUCAGGGCUACAAGUGUAUCAACUGCAAGCUACUGGUCCAUAAACGCUGUCACAAGCUCGUCCCACUGACCUGUCAAAGGCAUAUGGAUCCAGUCAUGCCAUCACAGGAGCCGUUGGUAGACGAGGAUAAAAGUGGAGAGGAAGUGGAGCUCCCCCCUGAGGACCCUGAGGAAACAGACGCAAUUCCAGUCCCUUUUUUAGCACACAACCGGAAAGUAGAGAAAGCUGAAGAUGACGCAGAGGAUCUGAAGGCGGUGGUGGAUGGUAUCGAGGGGAUUCAGAUCUCUCAGGGUCUCGGCCUGGGGGACUUUGACCUGAUCCGGGUGAUUGGGAGGGGCAGCUAUGCCAAGGUGCUACUGGCCCGACUCAAGAAGAACGAACAGAUUUACGCCAUGAAGGUGGUGAAGAAAGAGCUGGUCCACGAUGAUGAGAAGAGAAAGGACAUUGACUGGGUCCAGACAGAGAAACACGUCUUUGAACAAGCAUCAACCAAUCCAUUCUUAGUGGGACUUCACUCUUGCUUUCAGACAGAGAGCCGGCUGUUUUUAGUGAUCGAGUAUGUGAACGGAGGAGAUCUCAUGUUCCAUAUGCAGAGGCAGCGGAAGCUUCCAGAGGAACAUGCCAGAUUUUAUGCUGCUGAAGUUUGCAUCGCUCUUAAUUUUCUGCACGAGAAGGGCAUUAUUUACCGGGAUUUAAAACUGGACAAUGUACUAUUGGACCAGGAUGGCCAUAUCAAAAUUACAGACUAUGGCAUGUGCAAGGUAAAACCUAAUGCUAAUCUAAUUUUGGAGAAGCCGAUACGGAUUCCCAGGUCAUUGUCUGUUAAGGCUGCGAGUGUGCUGAAAGGCUUUCUGAACAAGGACCCGAAAGAGAGGCUGGGAUGCCAAGUUCAGACUGGAUUCACAGACAUCAAGUUUCAUACGUUCUUCAGAAGCAUAGACUGGGACCAGCUGGAACAGAAGCAGGUGACGCCACCGUUCAAACCUCAGAUCACAGACAACUACGGUUUAGACAACUUUGACACGCAGUUCACCAACGAACCCGUGCAGCUAACACCAGACGACGAGGAUGUGAUAAAGAGAAUAGACCAGUCUGAGUUUGAGGGAUUCGAGUACAUUAAUCCUCUGCUGCUCUCCACUGAAGAAACCGUAUGAGGGAAGAACAAUACUGCUGAUGUUUCUCUGCCUGCGGCUCCACAAGACUACUACAGCUGAGUUUAGCUCAGAAUAUGUGUUCACAGAGAAGAACUUCUCCUUAAAACUGUGUUAAAGACAAAAAGCAACACUAAGACUUCACGUUUCGGACCGUCCUUGAGUUAUCUUGGGGUUACACUGGGAGAAGAAACGACUGGAGAAACUUCAGAAAACAAACUCACAACUAUUCCACAAAUUUCAGCUGUUGAUUGUCUUCCUGCUUCCCAGCAUCCUCUUUAAUUUUCACGCCCAUGUGUCCGCGUGCACUGUUAACUGGGACUCAAGUUAGUUCCUUCAAUGUGUGCCUGCGUCCAUCAGAGACUACAUUUCCCAUCAGCCCUUGCUAAAUAUGACAGUUCUAACUUAAUGUGCACUUUUGUUAGAUUUUUUUUAUUUUUUUUUAAUUUUCUUUAAUCUUGUAUGAGGCUCGUCCUGAAGCGAAACAAGAAUGUAUAAUGUUUAAAGGUCAAAAAAAAAUUGUUGUAUUAUAGUGUAGGUAGCCAAUCUAAGAAUUUAUGAUGCCUUCUAUGAUGCAAAGUGGCACAUUUUAAUUCAUGAUCAUGAUGGAUUCAUCCACAGUGGGUAGCUGUGCUUCAAGCCACAAGCUUUUAACCUCCCAUGUUGGUUUUACAGAGUAAAUGGGAGAUAAAAUGUGUUUUUUGAAGAAGUGCCUCAAAGAUCCAAAAUUCACCAUGCGCCAAACUGCUCUGAACUCCACGUUAGAUUGGAGUUGGUUUUUCAAUGCACCAUCCAAUGAGAAAGUGGGCUGCAGGUGUUAUUAUUAUAUAUAUUUUUUUUACAUAACAUAAACACACUGAUCCAAAUGUUGAAAACAAAACACGAAGAUUAGACACUGAAUGAUCACAAAGCCCAAAUACAUCUGACCAGCAGUAAUAUUACCAACCUCGGCUCAUUAGAAAAAAACGUUCCUCUAUCCAUAUUUUUGCAAAACUCCAAAAAUGUAUAUAUAUUUUACUGCAGUUUCCUGCUGAAAUGAACACUACUGGCAGAAAAAGGCGAAGAACUUUUACUUCUUUUUACACAAAUUAUUACGGGGCAUGAUUUGUAAUACAUUUUGAUAUUUGCAUCGCACGACCAACCCCAUAUAUAUGGUUUUUCCCAGCUAGUAAACAUGCUCGGUAGCUCACCCAGUACAGCGCUGCACUUGCGAUGCUAAGCACUCGGGCAUGAGUCCCGCAAAACCCAAGUUAGGAUAAAAGACCUCAAAGACUUGUAGAAGCAACUUACUGGACAUUUCACACUGAAAGUGUCUUAAAACAUUAAAAAAAAAACAAUGUAAUAUCAUUUUGCAUAAAUGUCACCACAGGCACGUUUUUUUGCCCCCUAAUGAGUCUGGGUUUAAUAUUACAGUAGAGUUCAUUAUAGCUACACACUAUAUUACUCAAAUGGCUGCUCCUCACUCUGAUAAGAGGGUUUUGUGUUGUACUCAUGUGAUCUGUCAAUAACAUGCUGUUGAGAUGUUGUGGAGCAUGAGAGAACACAAACAAGGGGUUUGUACAUCAUGUCGCUGGUGUUAUGUGGUGGUAAAAUUGUGCAACAGUGAUGUGACUGAAUCUCAGAUGACCUAAACACAUGGUGGAACUGUCUUUGCAGUCGCAAUCAAAUGCUCAAAUUCAACCCAUUGCAACACUCAAUAUCAAACACAGUAAGGACAGAAUGCUAAUCUUUUAUCAUUCGGUGACGGGCUGUGUUCGGAAUGGAGUUCUAGCGUACUACAGUAGUAGUAUAUACUGUACUCUGUCUACUAUUUUUAUUAAUAGUAGGUGAAAUGAUAGUCAAUAUUCCACGAUAAACACUUUUCAGACAUUAGUAAGCUGCACUGUCACGUUACCUUGUGAUGUUGCAUAUAAGCAACUAAUAAUGACUUGUAUUUUAAAAUCAAUUUUGUGUAAAAAUGCUGUGAUUGUUCACAGUUAGGCAAACAAAUGAGCCAAAAAAGAGAUGGAAAUGGAAGGUCAAGUUGUGCGUAUUGCAUUAUGGGAUAUGUUAUUCUGCACUGUGUGUGUCUUGGCAAAUGUAGUAGGUCAUCUGGGUAUCCCAUGCAUACUGUGCACAGUAUAUACAUACUGCAGAGAUCGUGAGAGUAGCAUGUUAGUAUGCUAUUCCAAACAUAGCCGUACACUCAACUAAACCAUCAUGUCUAUUUAAAUUCCAGGCCACACAAAAAAGCUCUUAAAAAUUAACUUCAAAAUUUCCCUUUAAAGAAUAAAAACAGCCAAUCACAGGCUAGCUUGACUGAUUAAUCCCUCACAGUGAUAAGGUAUUGUGUUAUUAAGCAACUAGAUAUGUUUUCUAUCUUCCAUUGCAUUUAAUCUCCCUAAGUUUUUUUUUUUUUUUUUUCCCCUCUCUUCCUGGAGAGUGAAGACGACACUCUUAGAUGUGAACGCUUUGAUGAAAUCAGACCUGUAUGAAGAAUUGCUGCCAUGUUAAUAGGAUUAAUUAGCUGCUUUUGUGUCAGACAGUAGCGAGAUUAGCAGACGGGCUAAGAACAAAGAAUGGCCUGGGAGAUAACAAGCGUGACAAACGUAACGAUAACGAGGCAGAGAGCAAAGCCAGAUCUCCCCACCGUGUUUUCAGCUCUCUAAUGAAAAGCUGGUGCGAAAACAGGCACAAAAUUUUGAUGAACUCCACUAUUUAUGAAUGACAUAUGGAUUGUUUGUAAUGGGAACUUUAGUUGAAUGCAAACUGCCAACAAGUGGCAUUCCAGUAUAGUUUGGCAGGGCCAUUGCUUGUACAAAUUUUCAGGUUUUUAACAGUCUACAUGACAUUAUUUAGCUCAAAAUUUGCUUCAUUUUCAUUCCUGUAAACCAAUUAUUCUUUUUACAAACUGUCAGAAAAACAGGUACUGUGGUAUAUUACAAAGGACCAAGUAAUAAAUCAUCUUCAUCCGACCAACAAUUAAUUUUCCACCAGCUUGAGCUAAUGUACAGAAUCCACAUGAAACGGUGUCAGAUUUAUUAUUGUCCUUUGUUGGGGUUUUAUUAAUGUUUAUAUUUUAACUGGAAUAAGUUUGGCAUAAUUGUAAAUAUCUGUAACUUAACCCUUAAAAUUUUCACACACAAAAAAAGAAAUCAAUCUGUUUCGGCAUCAUUAUAAGAGAUAACUAAAUCCAGUGUCCCAACUGCUAGUCUCAAACUUAAAGCCCAAGACUGCGAUAAAAUUCCUGUCCCAUUUUAAGCAAGAAAUUUCCAUUAUUUUUUCAACUUGCCAAAUACAAAAUCUGUCGCAAGCUGUUUUCUGCUUUUCCUUAUGUUGAGUCCAAAGCAAAUGACGCUCUUAUCAAUGUGCUACAGGGGAAUACUUUUAUAUUUGAAGUGUUUGUUUUAUAAAUUAUUGUAAAUGAAAGCUCUAGUAGAGUUCCUGUGGGCUGAAGGUGGGAGAGAGAGAUGUGAACAUGUCUUUGGUUUUACGAAGUUAAGUCUUAAGCAUCUUAGAUAACAACUGUAAAUCAGUAAAUGUUCAUUGUAAUGA